GAUCGCAAAGUCAAUUAUAUGGCAAGGCGUUCUCUCUUAAAGUGUGGUUAAGUUUAGCUGUAAUACUUUUAGUUUUGUUGGAUGUCAAUUGUUAUGAAAAAAUUUAUAGUCAAAUUGAAAGACAGAGAUAUGAUGGAUGGUACAAUAAUUUAGCACAUCCCGAUUGGGGCUCUGUUGAUAGUCACCUGGUGCGCAAAGCACCGCCAUCAUAUUCCGAUGGCGUAUACGCUAUGGCCGGUUCAAAUCGACCAUCAACAAGACGACUGAGUCGCCUAUUUAUGCGUGGUCGUGAUGGUCUCGGUUCGAAAUACAAUCGUACCGGGUUGUUGGCCUUUUUCGGUCAGGUUGUGGCCAACGAAAUUGUCAUGGCCUCCGAAUCGGGCUGUCCCAUUGAAAUGCAUCGCAUUGAAAUCGAGAAAUGUGAUGAAAUGUACGACAAGGAAUGUCGUGGUGAUAAAUACAUACCCUUUCAUAGGGCAGCAUAUGAUCGGAAUACUGGACAAAGUCCUAACGCUCCAAGAGAGCAAAUCAAUCAAAUGACUGCCUGGAUAGAUGGUAGUUUUAUUUAUAGUACCUCAGAGGCUUGGCUAAAUGCAAUGCGUUCGUUUCACAAUGGCACUCUGCUGACAGAUAAAAGUGGUAAACUUCCGGUGAGGAAUACAAUGCGUGUGCCACUGUUUAAUAACCCCGUGCCGAGUGUUAUGAAAAUGCUCAGUCCGGAACGUUUGUUUUUGCUUGGUGAUCCCCGUACAAAUCAAAAUCCCGCUGUACUUGCCUUUGCCAUACUUUUUCUGCGCUGGCACAACACCCUGGCACAGCGUAUUAAACGUGCUCAUUCCGAUUGGUCCGACGAAGAAAUCUUUCAGCGGGCUCGACGCACUGUUGUUGCUAGUUUGCAAAAUGUCAUUUUAUAUGAAUAUUUGCCGGCAUUUUUGGGUUCGGAAUUGAGACCUUAUCAGGGUUACAAUCGUGAUAUUCAUCCUGGCAUUGGUCAUAUAUUCCAAGCUGCUGCUUUCCGUUUUGGUCACACCAUGAUACCACCUGGAAUUUAUAGACGUGACUCAAAGUGUAACUAUAAGAAGACACCAAUGGGUUAUCCGGCAAUACGUUUGUGUUCGACAUGGUGGGAUUCAAGUGACUUCCUUACGGACACAACUAUUGAAGAAAUCCUAAUGGGUUUGUCAUCACAAAUAUCGGAACGUGAAGAUCCCGUGUUAUGUUCGGAUGUACGUGAUAAACUCUUCGGUCCCAUGGAAUUUACACGUCGUGAUUUGGGAGCUUUGAAUAUAAUGCGCGGUCGUGAUAAUGGCCUGCCCGAUUACAAUAGUGCUCGCGAAGCAUUCGGCCUACCACGUCGUAACACCUGGACUGAAAUAAAUCCUGAAUUAUUUGAAAAACAACCAGAACUUUUGGAAAUGUUAAUCUCAGCAUAUAACGACCAGCUGGAUGAUGUCGAUGUAUAUGUGGGUGGUAUGUUGGAAUCAUAUGGACAACCGGGUGAACUAUUCACAGCUGUGAUUAAAGAACAAUUUGAGCGAUUACGUGAUGCCGAUCGUUUCUGGUUUGAGAAUGAUCAAAACGGUAUUUUUACCAAAGAAGAAAUUGAGGAGAUCCGUAAGAUAACCAUGUAUGACAUUAUUGUGAAUAGUACGGAUAUUGGUGAAGAUGACAUACAGAGGAAUGUGUUCCACUGGCAAGAGGGUGAUCCAUGUCCCCAACCCAUGCAAUUGAAUGCCACUGAACUGGAACCCUGUACCUAUCUCGAGGGCUUUGAUUACUUUUCCGGUUCCGAGUUAAUGUUCAUUUAUGUUUGUGUAUUUUUGGGUUUCGUGCCGAUCCUCUGUGCAGGUGCCGGUUAUUGUGUAGUUAAGCUACAAAAUAGCAAACGAAGAAAAUUAAAAAUACGUCAAGAAGCAUUAAGAGCACCACAACACAAGGGUUCAGUAGAUAAAAUGUUAGCUCGCGAAUGGCUUCAUGCCAAUCACAAGCGAUUGGUAACGGUGAAAUUUGGUCCGGAAGCUGCAAUCUAUACCGUCGAUCGUAAAGGUGAAAAAUUGCGAACAUUUAGUUUGAAAUCUGUCGAUGUGGUCAAUGUAGAGGAGUCGGCUCACAAUCACAUUAAAAAGAAACCAUAUAUUCUGCUGCGGGUACCCAAUGAUCAUGAUUUGGUAUUGGAACUGGAAUCAUAUGGAGCUAGGCGGAAAUUUGUAAAGAAAUUGGAAGAUUUCCUUAUUUUGCACAAAAAAGAAAUGACAUUGGUCGAAGUGAAUCGCGAUGUUAUGCUCGCUAGUGCUGAGACCCGAGAGAGAAGACAAAAACGCCUAGAAUAUUUCUUCCGUGAGGCUUACGCCUUAACAUUUGGCCUGAGACCUGGUGAAAGACGCCGCAGAUCUGAUGCCUCUUCCGACGGUGAAGUUAUGACCGUGAUGCGUACAUCCCUGUCAAAGGCGGAAUUUGCUGCUGCCCUUGGCAUGAAACCCAAUGAUAUGUUUGUCCGUAAAAUGUUCAACAUUGUCGAUAAAGAUCAAGAUGGCCGCAUUAGUUUCCAAGAGUUCCUUGAAACUGUGGUUCUCUUCUCACGCGGUAAAACUGACGAUAAACUGCGUAUUAUUUUCGAUAUGUGUGACAAUGAUCGCAACGGUGUCAUCGACAAGGGAGAACUUAGCGAAAUGAUGCGUUCCUUAGUGGAGAUAGCUCGAACCACAAGCCUUGGCGAUGAUCAAGUUACGGAACUAAUUGAUGGUAUGUUCCAAGAUGUUGGUUUGGAACAUAAAAACCACCUCACCUAUCAAGAUUUCAAACUGAUGAUGAAGGAAUACAAGGGAGAUUUCGUGGCCAUCGGUUUAGAUUGUAAGGGUGCUAAACAAAACUUUUUGGAUACAUCGACAAAUGUGGCGCGUAUGACUUCGUUUAAUAUCGAGCCAAUGCAAGAACGUCCCCGACACUGGAUGCAAGAGAAAUGGGAUAGUUACAUAACAUUUUUAGAAGAAAAUCGUCAAAAUAUUUUCUAUCUAUUUCUAUUCUACGUCAUAACGAUUGUUCUCUUUGUGGAGAGAUUUAUUCAUUAUUCAUUUAUGGCCGAACAUACGGAUUUGAGGCAUAUUAUGGGUGUUGGUAUAGCUAUUACCAGAGGAUCUGCAGCUUCAUUGUCCUUCUGCUAUUCAUUGCUUUUACUUACAAUGGCGAGAAAUCUUAUAACGAAAUUAAAGGAAUUCCCCAUUCAACAAUAUAUACCCUUGGAUUCACACAUACAAUUUCAUAAAAUUGCUGCUUGUACUGCCCUGUUCUUUUCCGUACUGCAUACUGUUGGACACAUUGUCAAUUUCUAUCAUGUUUCGACGCAGUCUCAUGAAAAUCUUAAAUGUCUAACGCGUGAAGUACAUUUUGCCUCGGACUAUAAGCCGGAUAUAACAUUUUGGUUAUUCCAAACUGUGACGGGCACCACGGGCGUUUUACUGUUCAUUAUAAUGUGCAUCAUCUUUGUCUUUGCCCAUCCCACGAUACGCAAAAAGGCCUAUAAAUUUUUCUGGAAUAUGCACACGCUCUAUAUCGGUCUGUAUUUGCUGAGUUUGAUACAUGGCCUGGCACGACUCACCGGGCCACCCAGAUUCUGGAUGUUUUUCUUGGGACCGGGUAUUAUUUACACACUGGAUAAAAUUGUUUCGCUACGAACGAAAUAUAUGGCAUUGGAUGUUAUAGAAACAGAACUGCUACCAUCCGAUGUUAUCAAAAUCAAAUUCUAUCGUCCACCAAAUCUAAAAUAUCUCUCCGGCCAAUGGGUUCGCCUAUCCUGUACUGCCUUCCGCCCCCAUGAAAUGCAUAGUUUUACGCUAACAUCGGCACCGCAUGAAAAUUUCCUCAGCUGUCACAUUAAAGCUCAAGGUCCAUGGACAUGGAAAUUGCGAAAUUAUUUUGAUCCUUGCAAUUAUAAUGCUGAAGAUCAACCAAAAAUACGUAUUGAAGGUCCAUUUGGUGGUGGCAAUCAAGACUGGUAUAAAUUCGAAGUGGCCGUUAUGGUUGGUGGUGGUAUUGGUGUAACACCAUAUGCUUCAAUACUCAACGAUUUGGUGUUCGGUACAAGUACCAAUCGUUAUUCGGGUGUCGCAUGUAAGAAGGUAUAUUUCCUGUGGAUUUGCCCGUCACAUAAACACUUUGAAUGGUUCAUUGAUGUUUUGCGGGAUGUGGAGAAGAAGGACGUUACCAACGUUUUGGAGAUUCAUAUUUUCAUAACACAAUUUUUCCAUAAAUUCGAUUUGAGAACAACAAUGCUGUACAUUUGUGAAAAUCACUUCCAACGGUUAUCGAAAACGUCAAUAUUUACGGGUCUUAAGGCUGUUAAUCAUUUUGGACGACCAGAUAUGUCAAGUUUCUUGAAAUUUGUACAAAAGAAGCAUUCCUAUGUCUCGAAAAUAGGUGUAUUCUCUUGUGGUCCCCGGCCAUUAACCAAAAGUGUUAUGUCGGCAUGUGACGAAGUUAAUAAAACUCGUAAACUUCCAUAUUUCAUACAUCAUUUCGAGAAUUUCGGUUAAACUUCAUAU